AUGUUUCUGUCUGUGGACGAGGAAUUCCCUCCGCUUGGGGCUGCUUCCAAGGACAAACGCGCCGUUGAUAGCUUUGGCUUCCUAGUGCGGUCGCAUAUUCAGAGUGAUUCCCAGAGCUCAGCCCGUGCUGGCACCCCAACCCUUCCGCCUGGACUUCCUCUGCCUCACUCUCACCCGGCAUCCGCUCUCUUCCAGAGUCCCUUGAACCCUUCGAGUCCGACCUCGUCGGUUUCAGUCCUCCCGCCAGGUCUUAACAUUCCUCUUUCACGGCUAGGGACGCCUUCUCAGGGACUUCAGGACUCGACAUUCCGUGCCGCCUCUCCUGAUCUGAAGGACACUCCGGAUGCUGCACCUCCCUCUCACCGCACUAAAAACGUCUCAGAGAUUUCUUUAGGCUCCCCGGUCCCUAAAUCGGCCAGCAAAGCUCGCUCCCAAGGAAAGGAUGAUAUGACCGUUUCCAAUGACAAGAAAGGUGGGAAAAAGGCCGAGGCAUCAACCCAAGACAAGACUUCCUCAAAAAGCAAACCGAUGAAGCUAGACCUGCCGCUGCACACAUCUCAUCCUCAAGAGCCCUCUCCUUCCAAGGUCGAAUUCUCCAAUCAGACAUCGUCCAGCCAUGUCCCUGCGCCGACGUCUGCCAUCGGCUCUCGUCCCAACACUCCCUUGACUGCGGCAUCCCGUCUGUCUGACUCUUCGGCUCCACGUCAACCUCGCGUCCUGCGGGUUGUAGAUACGCCAAAAGCGGAGACUCCGCCUCCUGUUUCCGCAACGCACUCCCACUCAUCCCAGCCGAUUGUGACCAAAACGCGUUCCAGACGGCCCAGCAUUUCCUCUCUUAGCCGUCCUGACACACCCGGUGACUUCGGAUCCGAAGCGGAUCUCUACACUUCUGCCUCUGUGUCCCGUGCCAACUCGCCUCCUGCCUCGUCUCGGAUCGGUUCCGCCCCGGUUCGAUCCAUGACUAAGAGUCAGGUCAAGAAAGAGCGCCGCCAGAAAGCAAAGGACGCAGAGGCCAAGAAACAUGAAGAAGCUUCGGCGUUGGCAGCGGAACCUGUGCAGGCACCCAUCGUCGGAAGAAAGCGCAAGACUAAGAAGGCCCCGGCCAGCCAGACCGAGACGCCGUCGCCGGCUCCUGAGAACACCAAUGAGUCCGCCAAGCCUGCUGCCCCUGCUGGAGAUGACAGUGUCGACAAGGUCGAUCCAAAGACCGAGACCAAGAAGAGCAAAUCUAAAGAGAAGCCGAGGGAUCAGAAGGCUGCCCCCGUGGAAGUGAAGGAACCUCCCGCCCCGAAGAUUGAAGCUUGGCGCUCGAACAAUACGGUGGAACAGUUAAUCAAGGACUCUGAGGCUACUGGCGUUUCGAUCAAAGACCUCUUUGCAGAACGGACUUUGCCUCUGCCCGUAUUGCUCGCCGAACUCCACAAGUCGGGCAAACUCGAUCUCAAUACGCAUCCCCUUUUCAACCCGCCUAACCUCAGCCAGCGCGUUGACAUGAAGUGCCAUGGCAAUGACUACGAUAUUUUAAAACAUCCCUUCGAGCUGACCGAGGAGCAUCGCAAGGCCUUGCUACGCGGCGAGCCCGUUCGUCUUAACGGCGAUUUCAGCGAGCUGAAAUAUCGCUGCCUCAUCACUCCGCGCGGCUGUGUUUUGCGCCACUUGUCCCGUGAGGAAGAGGACCGGUACUUGGAACUUGAGCGGAACUCUGCCCCCGAUAGUGAUCCUUUCCAGGAAUACCCCGCCGAGUUGAUCACCGAGCCCGAUAUUACCAACCGCAACGGUGGCCUUGACGCGCUCUUCGCCACUCCCGAAAACUUCAACAUCUGCUGGGUGGACGAAACUUCGGCUGGGCUUACGUCGGCGUCUCCCACGGCAGGCUUGUCAGUGCCCGAGUCCUCCCUCAUCUCCAGCGCCCCUGCCCCGCCCAACGUGCUCUCAGCGAUGGAAGCGGACAGCACUCGCAGCCACAACUGGGCCAUUGCCAACACGGCGGAAUUGGUGAACGCCACGGCAACCUCUGUGCGAUCGUUCGCAGCGGCCACAGCUAAGCACAUGCUCGGAGCGGCAGGCGUUGUGGUGGGCAGUCUCCCGGACCUGGACGACGUGGUGGGUAUGACCGACGAAGAACUGCGGGCGUUUGCCGUCAAGUCUCAGAAAGAAUUGGAGGCGUCGCGCAAGGACUUUGAUUCCAUCGACAAGAAGCUCAAUGCGUUAGUCAAGCGCAACAAGAAGCUUGCACAGCAGGCUCUGGCAUCCAACUGA